AUGGAGGUCAUGGCGGGGGCGGUGCUGAGCGCGCUCCUCCACAAGCUGGACGCCGUGCUGACGGACGAGUACAACCUGCAGAGGAGCCUGAGGGGCGAGAUCAUGUUCCUCCGAGCCGAGCUGGAGAGCAUGCAGGAGGCCCUCGAAAGGGUAUCGUCCUCGUCGACGCCGCAGCCGGUCGACAUGCAGGUCAGGAUCUGGGUAGGGCAAGUCAGGGAGCUCUCCUACGACGUCGAAGACAGCAUCGACAGGUUCAUGGUGCGCGUCGACCUCCACCAUCCGGGGUUCAGCGGGUUCAUCGGCAGGUGCCUGAGUCUGCUGACCACGGCCCGGGUUCGCCAUCGGAUCGCCGCGGACAUCAGGGGCAUCAAGGGCCGCGUCAAGGAGGUCGCUGACCGCCGUGACAGGUACAAGGUUGACGACGAUGUUUUCGCGGUCCGGCGGCCUGCGGGCACCACCACCGUCGAUCCUCGCUUGCAUGGCAUGUACGAGGAUUCGACGAGGCUCGUCGCGGUGGGCGGGCCAAGGGCGGAGUUAUGCAGGUUGUUGGUGGAGCAAGAAAGUUCAACUGCCAUGGAUGGUCAACUGAAGGUGGUCUCCAUUGUUGGGGUGGGUGGCCUGGGCAAGACGACUCUGGCCAACGUCGUGUACCAGCAGAUCAGAGGGCAGUUUGAUUGCGACGCCUUUGUCAUGGUGUCCCUCAAGCCCGAUCUGAGGAGGGUUUUGGGCAGCUUGCUCCGUCAGGUUAGUAAGCAGAGUUACAGCGAGGUUGAAGCAUGGGAUGUUGUGGAAAUCAUUGACAAAAUCAGACAAGUUCUUCGAGAUAAGAGGUACUUAAUUAUUGUUGAUCAUAUAUGGGACGAAUCAGCUUGGAAUUAUAUAAAGACUGUACUAGUUGAGAACAACUGCAGUAGCAGAGUAAUCACAACAACACGUACUGCUGGUGUUGCUGCAUCAUGCAGUUCUUCCAUCGACGGUAACAUUUAUAAACUAAAUCCUCUUGGUCAUGAUGAUUCGAAGAAGUUGUUCUAUGAAAGAAUAUUUGGGAGUAAAGAUGGUUCUCAUGUGGAACUGAGAGAAAUAUCUGAGAAAAUCAUAAGAAAGUGUGAUGGUGUACCAUUAGCUCUCAUCACUAUUGCCAGCCUAUUGUCUCACAAAUCAAUGAACAUACAUGAAUGGGACACUGUCAACAAAUCAAUCUGUUCUGGACUUGAGAAAUUCCCCAAUAUGGAGGACAUGCGUCAGAUAUUGUCUAUUACUUAUUAUGAUUUGCCGUCCCAUCUAAAACCCUGCUUUCUAUACCUAAGUGUUUAUCCGGAGGAUUAUACAAUAUUGAGUGAUCACUUGGUACGAAGAUGGAUAUCCGAAGGCUUUGUCCAUGGAAGUGAUGUGGAUACCUUAUAUAAAGUUUGGUUUGGUUACUUCAGUGAUCUUAUUAACCGAAGCCUAAUUCAACCACAACAUGUAGAUUCUCGUGGCAAUGUAGGGGCUUGUCGUGUACAUGGUAUGGUCCUUGAUUUGAUCACAUCCUUGUCAGUUGAAGAAAAUUUUGUCACUACAUUAGAUAGCCAUCAACCUAGUGAUCUUUCAAAGAAGAUACAUCGAUUAUCCAUCCAAAACAAUCAAGAACAUCACACCAUGUCACUUUCUAUGGUGAGCUUAUCCCACGUGAGAUCAUUUAUCAUCUUUCCUAGUGCUACAAAAUUGAUGCCGCCUCUUUCAAGAUUUCAAGUUCUGCGAGUGUUGGAUCUAGAAGGUUGCCGUGACUUGGAGAAUCAUCAUAUUCAUGGUGUUUGGAAUUUAUUUCAUUUGAGGUAUCUAGGACUAAGGGAUACAAAUAUUACCAAAAUCCUGAAAGGAGUAGGGAAUCUGUAUUCUUUGCAAACAUUGGAUUUGAGUCAAAGUGGCAUAACUGAUCUGCCAUCAACCAUUGUUCAGUUAAGGAAACUUGUGUGCCUAUACAUUGAAACAUCGGUAAAGCUACCAGAUGAGAUUGGAGCCAUGAAAUCUCUAUAG